CCGGCAAGCGAUACGAAGAAGAGGUCACAGUCCAUAUGACAAAUGUUGGUCUCCUCUUCGCACUUCCAGUACGUCUGCUGCCCAUAUGACCCACGAACGUAUGGGAAAUCGUAGAAAACUAACAGAACAAUUGCAAUCAUAUUUAAAUGCACGUAACAUUGAAAGUUUUGAUUAUACCCAAUUUAACAAUAUUGAAUUCAUUGGAGAAGGAGGGUUUGCAUUCGUGUACUCUGCUAUUUUCCAAGAAAAAAAGUAUGCAUUAAAGCGCUUAAAAGAUCUGAGUUUGGAUGAGAAAGGUUUCAAACAAUUAAGACGUGAGAAACUCGAAAAAUUAUCAUCUGAAACAACUAUUGAAUCUAUUACCAGUAAAAUAGAUCAACAGUCGAUUGAAUAUCCUGAUGAAGACGAUAAUUCAAAUAAAUAUGAUGAUUGUUGCGCUGAAUGUGAAAAUAUAACUGACAACUUGGUCCCUAAUAAUAUACCGAGAUUAAAUGAAAGUUCAUUUAGUGUUAUUAAAUCAUUGUCUCAAGGUCCCAAUGAUCUCAUAUCGGUUUCUAUAGAAGGUUUAGAACAGCUAUCUAAUCAGCAUAGGAUUAUAAAGCCUGUUGAACUAAUAAAUGGAAAUUUGAUAAUUGAAUGUCCUGUACAUUCAAGUUUAUUAACUAAUAUUUCUCAAGAAAAUUCGAAAGAAUUUACACAUAUGAAUUACACUGCCUGCACAAGCAAGCCUGACACUUUUAAGCAAGAAAAUUUUACUCUCCGUCAAGCUAAAUACGAGUCAAUAAGAAUGACUGAGCUAUUUAUUUUAAUUUCCUUGGAUAAUGAAGACGAAAUUUUAUUAUCAAGCACUCUUCACCAGAUAGUGGAAAAUAUUGCUUAUCUUUGCUCUCUCAAUGAGUCCUCAGAUUGGGAUAAAGAUGGAUGGAAAAAAAUCGUCAUAUGCAUAAUUUCAGAUCGUAAUAAGAUCAAUAAACGUACCUUAUAUUAUUUGAAGGCUCUUGGUGUCUAUCAGGAUGACAUUUCAAUAUCAAAAGUAAAUAAUAAGCCAGUUAGAGCACAUAUAUACGAAUAUACAACACCAAUUUCAAUUAAAUGCUCUAAGGAUUCUGUGGAUAAGAAAACAAUUGUUCCAGCUCAAAUACUUUUUUGCCUUCAAGAAAAGAAUAAAGGAAAAGUCGACUCCCAUCGAUGGUUUUUUAAUGCGUUUUGUCCAAUCCUUAAUCCAAGAAUAUGCAUUCUUAUUAAAGUUGGUGUUAAACCAGGGUCUUGUGGUAAACUAUAUGCCAUAAAGAACAGAAGGUGGAUCUACUUAUUAAACCCGAUUGUUGGUGCUCAGAUUUUUGAGCAAGAAAUAUCUAAUAUUCUGAAUAAACCAAUGGAAUCAAUCUUCGGCUAUAUUUCUUCUUUACCUAAAGAUUUCUCUGCUUAUCGGUAUUCUGCUCUUCAGGAUAGCAUAAGUAAUAAUGAAGAUACAUCCAACAAUAGUAAUAUUCUCAUUGCUAAUGACUACCUUGCUAAAAAUAAUGCUAUUUGUUUUGAAUUGAUUUCAAAACGUAAUUUUUCUUGGUUAUUGCAUUAUGAAAGCUCAUCACAAGCUGAAGUAGAUCUACCUGAAAAUUUAUCUGAAAUAAUUCAACAACAUCUUUGUUAUUUAAAUAGUUAUUUUUAUACUAGUUUUUAUACUAUUUCUCAUUUUUAUUACAUUUGGAGGAGCAAUCAUUCUAUUUUGCGAAAAAUAAUCUUACAAAUUGAAAUUAUAUAUCAAGCAUUAUAUUUUCUUUUUUGGUGGUUUUCUUUGGGCAUUUUCUGUUCAACAUUUUAUGUUUUGUAUGAGAUGAGUUACUUUUAUACUAAAUUGUUUGGUUUGAAAGAGAUAGAUUUUCAUUAUAACAUUUUUAUUUGGUUAUAUCUUACCUUUAUUGCAAUUUCUGGUAUGCAAUUUAUUCUUGCAUUUGUUAACAAACCUCAAAUGUAA